AAUCUAACGGGUUAUUUUUAGGGCUGACUUCACUAAAUAUAACCCACCUCGAUCAUUUUACAUCGCGUCACAACGUUAUCCAUUUUUUUUUUGUCUUCUCCACCGGCUGAUUUGGAUGAGAGGUGUCGGGUUUGAGCUAUAAAAGGAGGGACGCACACACAAGGGCUUGACACUCAUCACCCGGACUGGAGCCUGCAGAGGUGGCUACACCCGCGUCAAAAUGACUAUUUGGUGCAACUCCUGCAGAUGUCAUGUAAGUGCUCCGUGCACCCAUCAUCUGCUGCCUGAGGAUCACCGCAGCUCCUACUGCAGAAGGUUCAGAUCCACCAAAGGAGCAUCCAAAGCCCGGCGGGACCACAUCAAUCAUGAGAUCAGGAAUAUGCGCACUCUGUUGCCCAUUACCCAGGAGGACCAGGAGCGUCUCUCCUACCUGCACUCCAUGGCCGCCAUCUGCACCUACAUCAGGAAGUCUGUUCUCCUCCAGGGACUCCCGGCCGGGGAGAGAUCACACUGCUCCCUGCCAUACGAGGCCUUUCUUCAAGCCCUGCACGGCUUCAUCCUGGUCACUACCGCCCAGGGGAGGCUGGUGUAUGUGUCCGAAAAUGUAGCUGAAUAUCUUGGUCUCUCCAUGGUAGAUGUGCUUCAAGGAGACUCAUUCUAUGACAUGGUGGAACGCUCUGACGUUGAUAUUGUCAAAUCAAACCUGGACAUUGAAAACAACUCAUCAUCAGAGAGGAGCUUUAUAUGUUGUAUGCAAACCUCCAAGGCCUUCAAGCUGCAACACGGCAGCUGCUGCUCCAUGAUGGUCAGGGGGGGCUUCCGGUCUUUCCCUCAGCCUUGUCCGUCCUCCUCUUCAGUCUGUCCCACCAACCAGCCUCUGUUCGUGGCCCUCUGCACCCCCACAGUCAACCGCCUGCGGAGCUCUGACUCCCACUUCUGUCACAGCUUCACCAGUGUCCACAGACUCGAUAUGACCUUUACUCAGCUGUCAGACAGUGUCUUAUAUUAUUUGGGGUAUUCAGCUGAAGAAAUGACUGGUCGAUCGUGGUACAGUCUUGUCCACCCUGAAGAUCUAUCUUUGAGUGCAGAUUCUCAUAAAAGUUUAAUGCAGGCAGAUGAGGGCUUCCAGGUAGAGAUGGUGCUCAGACUCCAGUGCAAGGAUCUGUCAUGGACCUGGAGCUACAUUCAAGCUAACAAGGACUCUGAGUGCCAGGGCAUGAGCUGCACAAACUUCCUCAUCAGUGAGACAGAGGCCAGAUUUCUGCAGACGAAAAUCAGCAGCGACGCCUUCAGACCAUCAUCUCUGGCAAAUUCCUGCCAUUUUGUAGCUCAACAGGCAUCCCACACUCAGAGCUACAACAGCACUAAAUGCUUUAAAAGGCAGAGGACGUCUAACAGCCAAAGCGAGGAGCCGGGUGCCAAAGCUAGGAGGGACUCCGAGCAAGAUACGUACUAUGCGGCGUGCGCCUCCUACCAAGGCGACAGCUCACCUGCUCCCUUGAGCGAUAGCCCUGCUCUCUUCACCCCUCCCUACAGCCCGGCCUCCUCCAGCUCCCCUCUGCGGCAGGAGGAGCUCAACCAUGACCUCCUGACGGAUGUGCAUGGAUACACAGAUCAGCUGCUGUCGUCCCCUGAGGGCUCUCCCUCCUAUUACUCCUACCCAGAGGCAGGGCUCACCUGUCACCAAUCACCCUCCGACUCCCUCCCUGCAGCCAUCGAACAAACCUUUGACCAGGCAGCCUUCGGCGCGCUAAGUGCUCGCUCUCCACUCUCCUCCUCAUCUUCGACCUAUGAUUUCCAAGCUUGUACAUCCGAUGCUCGAUUAGUUCCGGACUGCCCGUCUGUGUCCGACAUCUGUGAGAGCCCAGUGGACUGUGCUCUGCAUCAAGACGACUUCAGCCUUCUCGAGCAGCCAGAAGGGGGCAGCCUUGUCCAAGUGCAUCAUGUUCCCCACCGUGUGUUUCCCAUACAUUCCAGUCUUCUUACCCCAAACCAAUCUCCCACAUCCACAGGGUCUAACCAUUACAACGAGAGGGAGCAGGCAGAGAUCAGCAUUCUGGCUCAGCAGAUCUCCUCCCUGGCCAGCAGCUUUGCCAUGUAUCACACCCUGAACCCGCUUCAAAAUAACACCCUGCCCUCAGCCUGUGACUGGCCCCACCACCCUCCUCUCCCCUCAGUCCUUCCUCCUAAGCGUGAGCUGGUCCUCGAUGAAGGCGUGUUCGACAGCAUCCUGAAAGACCUGGACAUGGUCGCAAGGAAAAGCAGCACGUCCGGCCCUGCUGUUGUGUCAGACAGCUACCAGCAGGGCUUGUUGCGCAGCAGGAGUGGGCCCCAUCAGUUGGAGCAGGAGCCCUUUGGUCUCUCCCCGACCAUCCCAGAGGACCCGCUGCCUGCAGAGCAGUUCACUGCCAUGGAUCUGUUCAGUUUGCAGUUGGGACACCAUGACCAAAACACUGGGUUGCAUCAACUCAACCACUAUAUGCAAAGUAGCCUUCAGCAAGAUGGACUUGCUGAAGAAAACCUGUACUGAAAUAAGUCUGUGACUUACUGUACUACCACUUGUAUGACAUAUUGUCAGGGCAAUCUUCCUUCGGUGGAUUCAAAGAAUGUGAGCAAAGACAUUUAAAGGACAUCUUUGCUAAGACAGUUUCCCCAAAGACUUACUUCUGAAUGUAGACUCGAAUCUAAAGUAGACUACGUGCUCUUCUUCAAGACUACAGCUUUGUCUUCAUUUCUCAACACUGCUGUCAACUGUGUUUUAUGUUUUGCUGAUGUCUUAUAUUUUAUGAAAAAGGUACUUGUGUCUGACAACACUUACACACUGAAAUGGAGGUUUAUUUUUCUUCUAAUACUGAGUGACCACAGUUUACUAUUGAGCACUUUAUCAAUGUCAUUGCCACAAGAAUUUUAUAAAUGAGAAGGCGUGCUGACUUAAAGGAAUAUUACCUAGAUUUCAGAGCUACCUGGAUGUGCUUUAACACAUAAAUCAUUCCUUUAAAACAAAGAGCCAUUUGUAAACAUUUGGUUUUGGGUGCCUUAAAAACAUGUAGGGAAGACACUUAUCAGUUUGCUAAGUUUGCUAAAAAAUAAUAUUUUCCAUUUAUUAUUUGUUCUUAGUGUCUCAUUUUUCUCAGUGUGCCAUUAAUGCUUUCGUUCUGUUAUGAAUAAAGGAAACCACAUCAGAAACUGAUGAUUGCUUCUUAAACACCUACCUCAAUGGUACAUCUAAAUACAUUCCAAGUCUGAAUUUCAUUAAUUACUUGUAUUUAUUUUGAACAUACUCGCUUCUUACUCUCACUUAAUAAUGAUAAAAUGUUUUACUUUACUGCCAUGUGAAUCUUAAACUUGUUUAUUCAUUCCAUAUUUGAUGUUUUCAUGGUAUACUGGUACUUUACAUUUCUGAAUGUCCAAUGUUAUUGUGUUAUUCCUGCAAUUUGCUUCAAAUGAAAUGUAAAUAAAAAGAAUGAAAAACGCA